AUGCGAUUAGGUGAUAUCUCGGCAGCCUUACUCGACCCGGAAGUGGCAUAUGAAUGCUUAAGCUCAGUGCCUGUUGUUCAAGAACACGCCGAAGCACUGGUGGCAAGUCUUCGACGCUAUCUUGAGGUGCAAAGUACCCUCGACUACUUGGCCGCUCCAACCUCCGGAUGGCUUUUUGCGCCAGUGGAUAUUAUCAAUGUCCUCAGUCAAAUUCGACAAAAGGUUACAAACAAUGAUUACUCAAGCGAGUACGACUUGCAGGUUGAUCUACAUACAAUGGCGCUGCUGGGAAAAGACGACCAUUUCAUAACGAAAGGUCCCAUACUGCGCUCUCUAACAUUCCACCGAUCCCCGGCUGCAGCUCCUUUGGUCUCUCUGUCUGAAGAUGGAACACAAAAUCCACUCGUCUAUCUUUUAUCUUACAGAUACUACCAGGAUGACUAUGAUGAGCUCAACCUACGCACGGACAAGGCGUAUUCGGCAGUCGUGAAGAUCAACGGCCUUGACGUCCAAGAAUUCCUACAAGUGGAAUCCUUGACCGGCACGUCACAAGACCUAGACUCCUUGUACAACGGCAUGCUAUAUCCCUACGAACUUUUCGCCAACCCUGAAUUUUACCCGGGACCUUACACAAACUACACGUUUCAGAAUGGCUCCACCAAGUCGUUCAAAAACUUCGCUGACUGGGGGUUCAGUAAUUUGACCGGGAUUGUUGAUGGAAAUGGCAUGUACGAGCUGUUUUUCCAAACCGUGGAUUUCUCCGACGAUGACUCCGGCGCGUCUGCUGCACAACGCGCGAGGAAGCGAAAAGGGAAGCGACAACCGACCGCGCCCGCUGUGCUGUCCGACGACGCCGGUGCGUUCACCGGGUAUUGGGGCGACGGGCUCCCAAGCGAUGUCGCCGUCAUGGCCAUCUCCAGCUUUGAGCCCGAUGAUGAUGGUGGUUCGGAUGUCAAUUCCCAGAAGACGCUCCAAACAAUCCUCGAGGCCGCAAAGGAGAACGGCAAGGACAAGCUUAUAAUCGACCUGCGCAGCAAUGGGGGCGGAUCAGUCAGACUGUGCCUCGAGACAAUGGUGCAGCUGUUUCCCGAUACGCCUCCAGACACCAAGUCCAGCCUGAGAGCCUCGGGGGUCCAGAAAGCCCUCAUCGAGUACUUUAGUGAGCAGACCCAGAUGGCCGAAGACGUCGACCCCAAUUCGGGCGUAGAUAAUGCAGAAGUCGAAGCCGAGCGUCAGAACUCUCCCUGGGCAUACGAGGCCGUCAUGUCGCCCGGCGUCAGCAAAUUCGACAAUGCGGACCACUACUAUGGCCCCUAUCGCGAGGGUCCGGGAUAUUUCACCUCGUACUUUCAGGAAAACUAUACAAACAACGAAUACUCCUUGAUCGACCACUCGGAUCUGAAAAUAACGCAAGCGGUUCCUGGGGCACAGUGGCCAUUCAGUCCUGAAAACAUGAUUAUCUUGACCGAUGGGUACUGUGCGUCCGCGUGCUCGAUCUUUGUCGAACACCUGAAAAACAAGUUCCGGGUGAUGAGCAUCGUCAUCGGCGGGCGACCACAGACCGGUCCGAUGCAGACAAUCGGCGGCGUCAGAGGGAGCAGACUCUUCGCCUACGACUCGCUAGCCUUCAUGCUGCAAGCAUAUAAGAACCAGACCACCGCGCAAUCGGAUUCCGCCGCCGAUUCACAGAUAUUCGCGGACUGGGACUACGGCCCCGCCGAGCGCUUCGGGGACGGCUUGCGCGUCAACGGCUUCAACGCGUACCGCAUGAGCGAUCCGCACAACAUCCCCCUGCAUUUCGCAUACGAGGCUGCCGACUGCCGGAUCUGGUACACGCCGGAGAUGAUCGAGGACGACACGGUGCUUUGGAGCCGGGUGGCGGAGCUUGCGUUUGCGGACCGUACGCAAAAUGUGAUUGAGUCGCCCUACUGCCUCGAGGGGAGCACGGGGCAUGCGACCAGCAUCAGCGGGGGCGUCAGACAGGGAGAUCUGGGCCCGCAGACGCCGCCCGACAGCGCCUUCCCGCAGUAUACCGGUUGGAUCGUGAACGGCUCUGAUAUCACGCAGGAGAAUCUCGGCCGUGCGCACGGUUUUGGACCCGGUGCGCGACACAACAGCGCUGACGACGCUGCUGACGACGACAUGCUCGUCGAUCCUGCCGCCUUGCAGGAUUUCAAGGACUUGUGCGCACAGGAUAUCACUGACGAGCAGUGGUUUCUGAAACUCAUGUGCCUGAAUGUGCAGUGA